UAGAAAGGGCGCCCCGAAUUUUUCACAGGCGCAUUUUGAAUAUUGAGUAACCGAGGGAUAUUCAGUUUGUUCGUGGCGUGAUCGAAAUGGAAGCGGGUCUACUUAUGGGUGCACAGACACUUACAUUUCCUGACUAUCCGGAUAUCGAGAAGGCUUAUGUAUCUCAUCUGUCGUCAUCUACUCAAUCAAAAGCUCCGGAAACGCUGAAAACGGGGUCUUUAGCUCAAGAAAUUCAGAAAGCUAGAGAGCAUAUCAAAACAUCUUUGGAUCGCGUUGCUGUAUCGCGACCUUUCGACGUUGGACGUCUUGAUGAACUUGAAAAACUUGUUACCAGUCUUGUUAGUCGCAUAUCAGAUCUGGAAUCGCGCAUAAGCACUAUGAAGUUGAGUAAUGAAUCUCAUGAUGUAGUUGGAGAAAAAUCAGAUUCAGAGCUUGAUCUUUUUGCUUCAGACAGCGAGGAGGAUAAAGAAGCUGAGCGUAUCAGGAGUGAGAGAGAAGCCGCAUACCUUGCAAAAAAAGCUCUAAAGCCUAUCGUGGUGGCAAAAUCAAGUAUCACCCUCGAUGUGAAACCAUGGGAUGAUGAAGUAGAUAUGGAAGAACUUACCUCUUUGGUGAAAGGUAUUCAAGUAGAUGGCCUUUUGUGGGGUGCAUCCAAAUUAGUGCCCAUCGCUUUUGGCAUCAAAAAGCUCCAAAUCUGCUGUGUAGUUGAAGAUGACAAGGUUGGAACUGACUUCCUUGAAGAAUCUAUAAAGGGGUUUUCGAAACAUGUCCAGUCUGUAGAUAUUGUAUCAUUCAACAAGUUGUAAUGAAAAACAGGAUUUGUAAUAUAUAAUGGACGGAAUCAGUGAUAAUUCAAUAUUGAUACUAUUGAGGAGAUCCAAAGAAUUCCUCGGAAAAUUUCAGAGGCUUUGAAAAAGCUAGGAAACAUUAUAUCCAUUCAGAGUUGAACAGAAGCUUCUCAGAAACAUCUAGAAGGGGAGGAAUCGCGUUCCACGUUUCUGAUUGAAUGGUUAUCUAUCCUGCUACUAUACUUAGUAUGAUUUCAGGACCUUUCGAGAAUCCAAGGCCAUCUGAAAUACUAUAAAUACCCUCGAUUUUCUGUACAUGAACAAACGUUGGAGUAAUACUUUAUUUUCAAACUUCUCACCCUUUCCUCUUAUGUUCAAGUUGUCAUGUAGAUCUAGCCUGAGGUUAUUAGAAGAGUUUGGGAAACCGACUCAAGUGUUGGAUUAAAAGACUGAUUAAAUACACGAUACCGCCAUAGAGUUUAUUGACAUUUUUUCAUUGAUAAAUAAAUAAUAAGCUUGGUUUAAAAUCUCAUCUUUGUAUGAUUAGCCGCUACUCAAUAGUUCUCAGUUAUUUUUUAGGAUAAUCAAUAUUUGAACUUCUGGCGACAGGAUUUAGGUUAUCUAUAAUGAAUCCCGUAAGAUUUACAUAUUCAUAUAAAACUGAUAAAACCAUUUGCUAUUCAUGAUAUUUUGAGAUAAAAAAAUUUCAUGGUGAAUGCAUCGACUAGAUAGAUAAAAAGUUUAAUGUUACCCUUUUGAAGCUAGUCGGAAGAAAACUCUGAAAUAGUCUUUUUUGACUGAAGGCAC